UCCAUCGACAGGGCUGCUCAGACAGAGCUGUUGGGAGCCCAGCAUCAGAGAGGCAUGUCCGGAGGUGGCCUAGCUUGAGUGGUGGGAGAGAGAGAAAAAGAUGCCAGGGGGAGGAAGUUUUCCGGAAGAAGGAGGUACUCGGCAGAGAGCCCAGGCAAGAUAGUGGGCGUUGGAAGGCCACUGCUGGCCUUGGGGAGGCCGGGAGCUAGGAGGGCAAGGGCAGAUCAGGGAGGUUGGGACAGGGGAAGGGUGGAAGGAAAGAAAACCUGGAGAACUCUUUUUUUUUUUUUUUUUAAUUGAAGUGUAGUUAAUUUACAAUGUUGUGUUAGUUUCAAGGGUACAGCAAAGUGAUGCCGUUAUACAUAUUCUUUUUCAGAUUCUUUUCCAGUAUAGGUUAUUACAAGAUAAUGAGUAUAGUUCCCUGUGCUAUACAGUAGGUCCUUGUUGUUUACCUGUUUUAUAUAUGGUAGUGUGUAUAUGUUAAUCCCAAACUCCUAAUUUAUCUCCCCCGCCCAUCAUUUUUGAUAACCCUAAGUUUGUUUUCUAUGUCUGUCGGUCUAUUUCUGUUUUGUAAAUAAGUUCAUUUGUAUCAUUUCUUUUAGAUUCCACAUAUAAGUGAUAUCAUAUGAUAUUUGUCCUUGACUGACUUCACAUAAUAUGAUAAUCCCUAGGUCUGGAGAACUCUUCUUUCAAGGGGCAGAGAGAUGGCCCAACUCUACACAGGGUUUGGGUAUUAAGUAGGAAGGUCAAGUAGCAUGUGCCUUCGGAGCUGUGGGAGCCCUUCUACACCGACCAGUAUGCGCAGGAGCACGUGAAGCCCCCGGUGACGCGGCUGCUGCUCUCGGCUGAGCUCUACUGCCGGGCCUGGCGCCAGGCACUGCCGCAGCUCGAGACGCCCCCCAGCCCCUCUGCGCUACUGGCCCUGCUGGCGCGGAGGGGCAUGGUGCCCGCGCUGCCCGAGCGCCCGGUGCAGGAGGCCGACCUGAGGCACCAGCCUAUCCUCAUGGGAGCCCACCUAGCUGUCAUUGAUGCCCUCAUGGUUGCCUUCGCCUUGGAGUGGACAAAGACACUGCCUGGUCCCUUGGCCCUGGCCAGCUUGGAGCACAAGCUCCUUUUCUGGGUGGACACGACCAUCCGGCGGCUGCAGGAGAAGACGGAGCAGGAAGCUGCCCAGAGAGCAUCUCCCGCGGCCCCUGCCGAUGGGGUGGCCCCAGCGCAGGCCUCGCACGCAAUUGCCUUCUGUUUGAAGGAGUCGGGGAGCAAACCCCCCAUGAUCCGAUAUCGCAAGGACCGCGCCGUGGCCCGACGCGCCCCCUGCUUUCCGACCGUGACCAGCCUCCAGGACCUGGCAAGUGGGGCUGCGCUGGCCGCCACGAUCCACUGCUAUUGUCCCCAGCUCUUGCGACUCGAGGAGGUGUGCCUCAAGGACCCCAUGUCUGUGGCGGACAGCCUGUACAACCUCCAGCUGGUGCAGGACUUCUGCGCGUCCCGCCUUCCUCGGGGCUGCCCGCUCUCUCUCGAGGACCUGCUUUAUGUCCCACCGCCCCUCAAGAUCAACCUGAUGGUGCUGCUAGCGGAGUUGUUCGUGUGCUUUGAGGUGCUGAAACCCGACUUCGUGCAGGUCAAGGAUCUGCCUGAUGGUCAUGCCGCCUCCCACAGGGCCACGGAGGCCUCCCCACCUCAGAACAACAGCGGCAGCAGUUCUCCUGUCUUCAACUUCCGCCAUCCACUCCUGUCACCCGGCGGCCCCCAGUCCCCACUCCGAGGAUCCACAGGCUCGCUGAAGUCCUCCCCGUCCAUGUCCCACGUGGAGGCCCUCGGCAAAGCCUGGAACCGUCAGCUCAGCCGUCCCCUUUCCCAGGCCAUGUCGUUCAGCACUCCCUUUGGCCUGGACAGCGACGUGGAUGUUGUCAUGGGAGACCCCGUCCUACUCCGCUCCGUCAGCUCAGACAGCCUGGGUCCCCCGCGCUCCGUGCCAGCCCGGACCCCCACCCAACCAGCCCCGGAGACGGGCGACCUGCCUACCAUCGAGGAGGCCCUGCAGAUCAUCCACAGUGCCGAGCCCCGGCUGCUCCCGGAUGGGGCUGCCGACGGCAGCUUCUACCUCCACUCUCCCGAGGGGUCCUCCAAACUGCCACUGGCUUCCCCCUACCCACCCGAGGGGGUCUCAAAACCACUGCCCGACGGGCCCACCAAAGCACCCACCUACUCGCCCCAGCCCGAGGGCCUCUCAAAACCGUGUCCCUGCCCAGCGGGGGAGGUAUCGAAACCGCCAGCCCUGUCUGAGGGCUCCCCGAAGGCGGCGGCUUCGUCCCCAGUGGCCAGCAACUCUGAAGUGAAGAUGACCAGCUUUGCUGAACGCAAGAAGCAGCUGGUGAAGGCCGAGGCCGAGGCAGGGUCCCCGGCAGCCACCCCAGUGGCACCAGAGGCCCUGAGCUCGGAGAUGAGUGAGCUUGGAGCCCGGCUGGAGGAGAAACGCCGGGCCAUAGAGGCUCAGAAGCGACGGAUCGAGGCCAUCUUUGCCAAGCACCGCCAGCGACUGGGCAAGAGUGCAUUCCUGCAGGUGCAGCCGCGGGAGGCCGGCGGGGAAGCAGAGGCGGAGCCGGGCCUGGCCCCUGGUGGGGAGCGGCCGGCAGGCGAGGGCCAGGGUGAGCCGUCGCCACGGCCGAAGGCAGUGACCUUCUCGCCGGAACUGGGCCCGGUGCCCCCCGAAGGGCUGGGGGACUAUAACCGGGCGGUCAGCAAGCUGAGUGCAGCGCUGAGCUCGCUGCAACGGGACAUGCAGAGGCUCACGGACCAGCAGCAGCGGCUCCUGGCCCCGCCAGAGCCCUCCGGGCCUGCCCCGCCUCCUGCCGCGUGGGUCAUCCCUGGUCCCACGGCGGGCUCCAAAGCCGCGUCCCCCAGCCCCGCCCGGCGCGCCCCAGCGGCCCGGCGCAGCCCCGGGCCUGGCCCCAGCCCCACACCCCGGAGCCCGAAGCACGCGCGGCCGGCGGAGCUGCGGCUAGCGCCCCUGACGAGGGUGCUCACGCCUCCCCACGACGUGGACAGCCUCCCCCACCUGCGCAAGUUCUCGCCGAGCCAGGUGCCCGUGCAGACGCGCUCCUCUAUCCUUCUGGCGGAGGGGCCGCCUCCCGAGGAGCCCGCGGCCCGGCCCGGCCUCGUCGAGAUCCCGCUGAGCAGCCUGGAAGAGCCCACGGCUGAGGAUGAGGGAGAUGGGAGCCCCCCUGGUGCUGAGGAUUCCUUAGAAGAAGAGGCAUCUUCAGAGGGAGAGCCCCGGACCGGGCUGGGAUUCUUCUAUAAGGAUGAAGACAAGCCCGAGGACGAGAUGGCCCAGAAGAGGGCCAGCCUGCUGGAGCGUCAGCGGCGGCGGGUGGAGGACGCACGGCGGCGGAGACAGUGGCAGGAGGCCGAGAAGGAGCAACGGAGGGAGGAGGCUGCGAGGCUGGCCCAGGAGGAAGUAGCCCCUGGGCCCCCGGCCCCUGCGGCCCCCGCCUCAACCGCAGCCCCUGCGGCCCCUGCCUCAACCGCAGCCCCUGCUGCCCGGGCCCCAGCCGAGGAGGAGGUGGGCCCCCGGCGGGGGGAGUUCACGCGGCUCGAGUAUGAACGCCGGGCCCAGCUGAAGCUGAUGGAUGACCUCGACAAGGUGCUGCGGCCCCGGGCGACGGGGAGCGGGGGGCCAGGCCGGGGCGGUCGGAGGGGCCCCCGGCCACGCUCCGGCUGCUGUGAUGACUCGGCCCUGGCGCGGAGCCCAGCCCGCGGCCUGCUGGGUGAGGCCCCCGUGGGCUCUCGGCUCAGCAAAGUCUACUCCCAGUCCACCCUGUCUCUGUCCACCGUGGCCAACGAGGCCCCCAAUAACCUCGGCGUGAAGAGGCCCACAUCUCGGGCUCCAUCUCCAUCCAGCCUCAUGUCCCCAAGCCGCCUGCCUGGCAGCCGAGAACGUGAGUGGGAAAACGGCAGCAACGCCUCCUCCCCGGCCUCAGUGCCUGAGUACACGGGUCCGCGGCUGUACAAGGAGCCGAGCGCCAAGUCCAACAAGUUCAUCAUCCACAACGCCCUGUCGCACUGCUGCCUGGCGGGCAAGGUGAACGAGCCGCAGAAGAACCGCAUUCUUGAGGAGAUCGAGAAGAGCAAGGCCAACCACUUCCUGAUCCUCUUCCGCGACUCAAGCUGCCAGUUCCGGGCCCUAUACACGCUGUCCGGGGAGACGGACGAGCUGUCGCGGCUGACAGGCUACGGCCCCCGGACGGUCACGCCCGCCAUGGUGGAGGGCAUCUACAAGUACAACUCGGACCGAAAGCGCUUCACCCAGAUCCCCGCCAAGACCAUGUCCAUGAGUGUGGAUGCCUUCACCAUCCAGGGGCACCUCUGGCAGAGCAAGAAGCCCACCACUCCCAAGAAGGGCAGCAGCACCCCCAAAUAGCCCCGUCCCGGGUGGUCCGCAGGCCGGGCCCCACAUGCUCUGGCCACCGCCCUCCUGGGGGACAGCCCAGAGGACAGUCCUUCGGUAUGCCCGGGUCCUGUCUGUUCCCCCCGUGACCUCGCCUGGGUGGGGCUGGAGUCCCCACCCCCUUACUUUGGUCCCGUCCUGCUGUGGGGGCUGAGCUGGGAGGUUCAGGGACUCAGGGCUCAGCUCAGUCCCCCGUCUGUCCUCCCCAUCUUCUCGAAUAAAGUAAUUU